AUGAAUAGUCAUCGCUACAUUAGCAGCAAUGAUAUAAUUAGUGACCUACCAAGAAAUAUUGUAGAAUGUAUCCUUGAGCAGAUGCCCAUAAGGGAUGCAGGAAGAACAAUCAUCUUGUCAACAAAGUGGAGGAGUAUUUGGAUUACGAUUUCGCAACUUAUGCUUGAUAAUCAAUUUUUUGAAGAGGCCCUCAAGAUCAAACCAAUAGUCCAACAUGAACUUGUGAGCAUUGUUGAUAAAAUUCUCUUGCUUCACAGUGGCCCCAUACUGAAAUUUGUGUUGUGCAUUCCAAAUGUACAAAUCGAUUGCAGCUCAGAUAUUGAUCGUUGGAUACUCUUUCUGUCAAGAAAUGGUAUCAAGGACCUCACACUUGACAAUUCAAAUAAUAAACCCUAUAAUUUGCAUUCCUAUAUCUAUUCUUGUCCAGAGUUGACUCGUCUGAAGAAACUGCCCCAACUUGACUACACUUCACAUUAUAGUAAGAACUCCUCGAAGGCCUGCACAGCUAAGAGCAUUUUUGAGGAACUGGUUCCAAAUCAUCUGGAAGCACCAGACUGCAUAACUCAAAUGCUGGACAUACUUCGAUCUGUGAAGAUAAGUCAGAUCAAGGGUUGGAAGCUUGAACUUCUGUUCAUCAAGCUUCUGCUAGCCCACUCAACAAUGCUAGAAACAAUGUUUGUUGAGCACUGUGUAACAGUUGAUGUGCAAGAAGGGUUCGAGAUCUCAAAAGAGUUGGCACGGUUUCCUCAAGGGUCACCAAAAGCAGCAAUAAUGUACUAG